CGCACCCACCUGGACCCCACGCGCCAGCCGUAGCGCAGGCUCCAGGGGCGCUGCCCGGCCCGAGGUAUCAGGAGUGGCAGCCAGAGUUUCCAUUGCAUGUUAAUAUAUUCUUAAAGAUUGGACUUUGAGAUUAAUGAACAUAGUUACCAGGAAGUUGUCUUGUAACAUCAUCAUUAGAAGAAAUUCUAUGUAGUUCUAAUAUUUCAUAGAGGGUGCCGUGCUACAAAAAUGAUUACUUCAGAUUUGCCGGUGUUACAGGAUUCAACAAAUGAAACUACUGCACAUUCAGAUGCUGGCAGUGAGCUUGAAGAAACAGAAGUCAAAGGAAAGAGAAAAAGGGGCCGUCCUGGCAGGCCUCCAUCUGCCAAUAAGAAACCUCGAAAGUCUCCAGGAGAUAAGAGUCGUUCUGAACCUGGAACUAGAGGAAUAGGUCGUGGAAGAGCUAAUGGUCACCCUCAACAGAAUGGAGAAGGCGGGGACCCUGUCACUUUGUUUGAGGUGGUGAAACUGGGGAAAAGUGCGAUGCAGUCUGUGGUGGACGACUGGAUUGAAUCAUAUAAACAAGACAGGGAUAUAGCACUUCUGGAUUUAAUCAACUUCUUUAUCCAGUGUUCAGGAUGUCGAGGUACUGUAAGAAUUGAAAUGUUCAGGAACAUGCAAAAUGCAGAAAUCAUCAGGAAAAUGACUGAGGAAUUUGAUGAGGACAGUGGUGAUUACCCGCUUACCAUGCCUGGGCCACAAUGGAAAAAAUUUAGAUCAAACUUUUGUGAGUUCAUUGGAGUGCUGAUUCGACAGUGUCAGUAUAGCAUCAUUUAUGAUGAAUAUAUGAUGGAUACAGUGAUCUCUCUUCUGACUGGUUUGUCGGAUUCCCAGGUCCGAGCUUUCAGGCAUACCAGUACACUUGCUGCUAUGAAGCUUAUGACUGCUCUUGUGAAUGUUGCCUUAAACCUGAGUAUUCACCAGGAUAAUACACAGAGGCAGUAUGAAGCUGAGAGAAACAAAAUGAUUGGUAAGAGAGCUAAUGAAAGAUUGGAGCUGCUGCUUCAAAAAAGGAAAGAGCUGCAAGAAAACCAAGAUGAAAUCGAAAAUAUGAUGAACUCUAUUUUUAAGGGUAUAUUUGUUCAUAGAUACCGUGAUGCUAUUGCUGAGAUUAGAGCCGUUUGUAUUGAGGAAAUUGGAGUGUGGAUGAAAAUGUACAGUGAUGCCUUCCUGAAUGAUAGUUAUUUAAAAUAUGUCGGUUGGACACUACAUGACAGGCAAGGUGAAGUGAGGUUGAAGUGUUUGAAAGCUCUGCAGAGUCUGUACACCAACAGGGAGUUGUUCCCUAAACUGGAGCUAUUUACUAACAGAUUCAAGGAUCGCAUUGUAUCAAUGACACUUGAUAAGGAAUAUGAUGUCGCUGUGGAAGCCAUUCGAUUAGUCACUCUAAUACUUCAUGGAAGUGAAGAAGCUCUGUCCAAUGAAGACUGUGAGAAUGUUUAUCACUUGGUGUAUUCAGCACACCGGCCGGUUGCAGUAGCAGCUGGGGAGUUCCUUCACAAAAAACUGUUUAGCAGGCAUGACCCCCAGGCAGAAGAAGCAUUAGCGAAGAGGAGAGGACGGAACAGUCCAAAUGGGAACCUCAUUAGGAUGUUGGUUCUUUUCUUUCUUGAAAGUGAGUUGCAUGAACAUGCAGCUUACUUAGUGGAUAGUUUGUGGGAGAGCUCUCAAGAACUACUGAAGGAUUGGGAGUGCAUGACAGAAUUGCUACUGGAAGAACCAGUUCAAGGAGAAGAAGCAAUGUCUGACCGACAAGAGAGUGCUCUGAUUGAGCUGAUGGUGUGUACAAUUCGACAAGCUGCUGAAGCACAUCCACCAGUGGGCAGGGGGACUGGCAAGAGAGUGUUAACUGCAAAAGAAAGGAAAACUCAGAUAGAUGACAGAAACAAAUUGACUGAACAUUUCAUUAUUGCGCUUCCUAUGUUACUUUCAAAGUAUUCUGCUGAUGCAGAGAAAGUAGCAAACCUUCUGCAAAUCCCCCAGUAUUUUGACCUGGAAAUCUACAGUACAGGCAGAAUGGAGAAGCAUCUGGAUGCCUUGUUAAAGCAGAUUAAGUUUGUUGUGGAGAAGCAUGUAGAAUCAGAUGUUUUAGAAGCCUGCAGUAAAACCUAUAGCAUCCUGUGCAGUGAAGAAUAUACCAUUCAGAAUAGAGUUGACAUAGCCCACAGCCAGCUGAUUGAUGAAUUUGUGGACCGAUUCAACCAUUCAGUAGAGGAUCUGCUGCAGGAGGGAGAAGAAGCUGAUGAUGAUGAUAUAUACAAUGUGCUUUCCACUUUGAAGAGAUUAACUUCUUUUCAUAAUGCUCAUGAUCUCACAAAAUGGGAUCUGUUUAGUAACUGCUACAGAUUACUAAGGACUGGAAUUGAACAUGGAGCCAUGCCAGAACAGAUAGUUGUUCAGGCACUACAGUGUUCUCAUUACUCUAUUCUCUGGCAGCUGGUGAAAAUCACAGAAGGGUCCCCCUCCAAAGAGGACUUGUUGGUAUUGAGGAAAACUGUGAAAUCCUUUCUGGCUGUCUGCCAGCAGUGCCUAUCGAAUGUCAACACUCCAGUCAAAGAACAGGCUUUCAUGCUGCUCUGUGAUCUCUUGAUGAUUUUUAGCCACCAGCUGAUGACUGGAGGUAGAGAGGGUCUUCAACCUUUGGUGUUCAAUCCAGACUCUGGGCUCCAGUCUGAACUCCUUAGCUUUGUGAUGGACCAUGUCUUCAUUGACCAAGAUGAUGAGAACCAGAGCAUGGAGGGAGAUGAAGAAGAUGAAGCUAACAAAAUAGAGGCUUUACAUAAAAGAAGGAACCUUCUGGCAGCCUUUAGCAAACUUAUUAUCUAUGAUAUUGUAGACAUGCAUGCAGCAGCAGAUAUCUUCAAACACUAUAUGAAGUACUACAAUGACUAUGGCGAUAUCAUUAAGGAAACAUUGAGUAAAACAAGGCAAAUUGAUAAAAUCCAAUGUGCGAAGACACUGAUUCUCAGUUUGCAGCAGCUGUUUAAUGAGCUUGUUCAGGAACAAGGUCCCAAUCUGGACAGGACGUCUGCCCAUGUCAGUGGGAUUAAGGAACUGGCCCGUAGGUUUGCCCUCACCUUUGGGCUGGAUCAGAUCAAGACAAGAGAAGCCGUAGCCACGCUGCACAAAGAUGGCAUAGAAUUUGCCUUCAAAUACCAGAAUCAAAAAGGACAAGAAUAUCCACCUCCUAACCUUGCUUUCCUCGAAGUGCUUAGCGAAUUUUCUUCUAAACUCUUGCGGCAGGACAAAAAGACUGUUCACUCAUAUUUGGAGAAGUUCCUGACAGAACAGAUGAUGGAAAGGAGGGAAGAUGUAUGGCUUCCACUGAUUUCCUAUAGAAAUUCACUAGUUACUGGGGGCGAAGACGACAGGAUGUCUGUGAACAGCGGAAGUAGUAGCAGCAAAGCAUCUUCAGUGAGGAAUAAGAAAGGACGACCUCCACUUCACAAAAAAAGGGUGGAGGAUGAGAGUCUGGAAGGCUCAUGGCUAAACAGGAACGACACCAUUCAAACUCCAGGGGCUCUGCAAACACCACAGCUCACUUCAACUGUAUUGAGAGAGAACACUAGACAAAUGGGAGAGCAGAUUCAAGAGCAUGAGUCAGAACAUGGAUCUGAACAAGAUUUUUUACACAAUCCCCAGAUGCAGAUAUCUUGGUUGGGCCAGCAGAAGCUAGAAGAUUUAAAUCGAAAGGACAGGACAGGAAUGAAUUACAUGAAAGGGAGAAGUGGUGUAAGACAUGCAGUACGGGGUCUAAUGGAGGAUGAUGCUGAGCCCAUCUUUGAAGAUGUAAUGAUGUCCUCACGAGGUCAGCUAGAGGAUAUGAAUGAGGAAUUUGAAGACACCAUGGUCAUUGAUCUGCCACCUUCAAGAAACCGACGCGAACGAGCUGAAUUGAGGCCGGACUUCUUUGACUCUGCAGCUAUCAUUGAAGACGAUUCAGGAUUUGGAAUGCCUAUGUUCUGAAGUCUGGG